AUGCCGUCUAUCUCGUUAAAAAAACCGACUGUAGCAUACGCAAAAAAUGGUGUCGGCGCUUACGUGCUGCAAUGUCGAAAAAUGAAUUGUUUAAUUCAAUCGAUGAUUCUUCAACUACAAAGUGAGUACUUGAAAAAGGAUCUAAUCCCAUUCGCAAAAGCAAAUCCAGAGGUCGAGAUCAUGAUAAAGCCUCGACCGUCUAAACAUCCAUGUAUUCGUGGAUGGUAUUUAAACGGUCGCGACAAAGUAAUUUGCGUUCGGAAAAUGAAACCAUCAGAAAUCGGCAAAGUAGCCGAAUACAUUCGUGAUCAUAGUGGUCAGAAAGCUACUACUCGAUUCAAGAAACCCGUUAUUUCUACGACUGAGAGUGUUCGUGGCAUUUGGAGUCCCUUCCAUACGCAGAAACACGUUAUUUGA